AUGGAGCCGACUGAUGCCAGUAGCACGCAAGCUGCAGCGCCCAGUACCAGCGCUCUCAGCAUCGGCAAGGGACAGCCCAACAAGAGAGGGAACGGCGGCAAGGCAGCUCGUCAGGCCUUGAGCGGCGCAAACGGACAGAGUCCAUCAAAUUCGAUGAACGGUACGAGCAAGCGCAAGGGUGAGCCCAAUGGCCGUCAGACGGCAAGCGCGAGCUCGCCCAAGCUGGUCUCAGCGCCUAACGGAGCGGUCAAGCCCAACGGAGCGCAUGUCCAGCCGCCGAGCUCGAGAUCCACCUCACCCGCACCCUCGACUUCAUCAAGCUCAGUGCCAGCAUCUGAGCCGAUCAAAGCCUCGUCCUCGACCGAAGGCACCUCAGAUGAUACGCUAGCCCGAACGACCCAGUCUAGUCUGACGCUUAGCGAGAUCGAGGUGCAACAAGCCACUGAAAGUAAAGUCGCGGAGGACACCACGGCAAGCAGAGCGAGAGCAGUCUCCUCUGCUUCCACUUCUCACUCGGGAGCACGCCGAGCAUCUUCUGCGGCCAGUGCGAGCGCAAGUGCGCACAGCCUUGACAUCACAGAGUACCUCUAUGAAACAGGCUUCAAUGGUGCCCAGUGGUCUGACGUGCGCGUAUACGUCUGGAAUCGCAGCUAUUCGCUUCACCGACUCUUGCUAUCACGCUCGCCCACAUUGGCGCAAUGUAUGCGCAUGUACGCCUCGCCCACCGACUUUGGUCUCUCGAUAACAGACCCAGCAAUCACUGAAGAAGGUCUCGCGAUCGCGCUGAGCCAUCUCUAUUCGACCAGAGCGCUACGACAGAUCAAUGUCCACAAUGCUCAAUCAGUGUUCGCCGCUGCCGUGUUCUUGCAGCUCGACGAUCUCGUUGCCAUCGCCGAACCCCUCUGCGCAACCGCCGUCACGCACGCUGCAGACGCAGACUCAGUCGCUGCCUGGACCGCCUUUGUCGAGGCAAGACAGGCCGUUACCCCUGCGCCCAACCCAUUCGGCUUGAGUCCAGUGCUCGCAUCGACGCCAGAAGAUCCAGAGACGCUCGAUGAUGAUCCGUCUACCCGUCUAUACGGACAGUCCGCACUUCUGCUCCGCUCCGUCCUGCUGGAUCAUCUCAUGGUCACCCUUCCCGCAAGCCUGGGUGCAUUCGGUCCUACCACGACACCUGACAUGCGCAAAUUGGGCCAGCCACGAUUAUCUGCUAUCUACUCGCGUUUGCCUUUUGCCUAUUUCAAGCACAUCAUGGAAUCACCAAGACUAGCUGUCAGUAGCGACAUGGAGCGCUUCAACUUUGCCCGCAAUUGUAUUGGCAGCCGCAAACGUUUGCAGUCCCAAGACUUUGACGAGAACGUCGUCCUUGCCUUUGGCGGACAGACGAGUCAUGGCAAUGUCAAUGUAGUGAGAAAGCAGCGAAGGUCUCGAACGCUCUGGAAGGUCGAGUCCUGA